AAGUGAGCGAGCAGAGCUGAAAAAGAUGGAGUUACCUGGAGAUGAGAUUUCUUUCUACGGAUAUGAAGGAUAGAAAUAUGCUAUUUGCUGCUAUUACAACGAAUCGACCAAUUCGUAGUAAGUGUUCCCGUCUUCCCGAUCUACAUGAUUUUUUCCCAACCAACAUCUCUCAGAACUUUGCUAUAACGCCAAACUUGGAUAUAACGCCAACGCCUGAGCGAAUUGCCGGCGUCACAAUAGUUUUACAAAUAGAAGAGUAUUUGGGCCAAAAUGAGUCCGAACAGGGAGCAGUCAAUUUAGCUAGAACAGUAUUGGGAGCCCGCCACCGAAAUGGCGAAACUUGGCAGGGCAUAUUAGAGGAUAUUCGGGCGGGUGGUGGUAUGGAUAAUUUUAUCCAGAAUCUGCCUGGUGCCUACCCGGAAACCCCAUUGGAUCAAUUUGCCAUUAUCCCAAUAAUUGAUCUUCAUGUGGGCAACUUUUAUUUAUCAUUUACAAAUGAAGUCUUGUAUAUGCUGCUCACUGUCGUUUUGGUCGUUUUUCUUUUUUUUGUUGUUACGAAAAAGGGAGGUGGAAAGUCAGUGCCAAAUGCAUGGAAAUCCUUGGUCGAGCUUAUUUAUGAUUUCGUGCUGAACCUGGUAAACAAACAAAUAGGUGGUCUUUCCGGAAAUGUGAAACAAAAGUUUUUCCCUCGCAUCUCGGUCACUUUUACUUUUUCGUUAUUUCGUAAUCCCCAGGGUAUGAUACCCUUUAGCUUCACAGUGACAAGUCAUUUUCUCAUUACUUUGGCUCUUUCAUUUUCCAUUUUUAUAGGCAUUACGAUCGUUGGAUUUCAAAGACAUGGGCUUCAUUUUUGUAGCUUCUUAUUACCUGCGGGAGUCCCACUGCCGUUAGCACCUUUCUUAGUACUCCUUGAGCUAAUCUCUUAUUGUUUUCGUGCAUUAAGCUUAGGAAUACGUUUAUUUGCUAAUAUGAUGGCCGGUCAUAGUUUAGUAAAGAUUUUAAGUGGGUUUGCUUGGACUAUGCUAUUUCUGAAUAAUAUUUUCUAUUUCAUAGGAGAUCUUGGUCCCUUAUUUAUAGUUCUAGCAUUAACCGGUCUGGAAUUAGGUGUAGCUAUAUCACAAGCUCAUGUUUCUACGAUCUCAAUUUGUAUUUACUUGAAUGAUGCUACAAAUCUCCAUCAAAAUGAGUCAUUUCAUAAUUGAAUAAAAACGAGGAGCCGAAGAUUCUAGGGGGCUACAGCUGCGCUU